CCUGCUUUGCAACCCGAUUGCAUUUCUUCCUUUGGUGCAAAUGGGAGGAACGGGGAUCGUGCAAUUGGUGCAAAGCGAAGGACAGGAUUAUCUCUGCUUUUGCAGCAGCAAAAGCGACGGAUCGCUCAGUUUCCACGUCACCAAUGCUUGCGAUUCCUGGAGCGGCGACAUCACUUCAUCGGAGGAAAAUCAGCCGGUUUCUUCCGACGACCGGAUUUCUCAAAUCAAAGACGCCUUCGAGAGCCAGACCCCCAAAUUAUCCGUCCGGGAAACUGAGGCCACCCUGACUUUCCAAGAUGGCCGAGAGACCUUGACCUUCGACCUCCACCGAGACCCCGCCUCCCGGGCCCGGGAGCGAGUUCGAGAGCUGCUCUUCGGCCUGGCUGGCCGGGUGCGAGAGCUGGAGAGGCGGCUGGGAGAAGGUGCCGUUUCUGCGGCCGCUCCGUCGCCAAUCGGGAGCCCCAGGAAGGACAUCCAAAUGGGUCGGAGUCCCUUUGCGCCUGAUCCGAACCCGGCAAAGAUCAGGACCGGAUCCAGCAAGAGGAAGCUUCCCGGAGAGUCGUUAAUCAACCCUGGAUUCGUCCGCAAGAAGACUCCGACCGGCGUAGAUUUCGAAGAUGCCUGAAUCCCUAUGUUUUUAAUUAUUAUUAUUAAUUAUUAUUGCUAUUAUUUCUGAAUUUCCAUUAUAUUAUAUUAUAUUA